AUGGGUGGCAUCUAUAUAACCCGAGGGCCCACUCUGUUGCAAUCACAACUAUCUCUCCCCUCGCGCGUUCUUGGCUCUCGGCUCUCGGCUCUCGGCUCUCGGCGAUCUCGUCGUUCUGCGAAGUUGGUAUACCAAAAGCUUAUCGAUGAUUGCAUUUUGAAGAAUAGGUCUCGUAUCCUCGCUUUCAAGACUGCACCUGAAGCACCGGCCAGCAAGCUGCCCCAGUUUGACGAGCCCAUUCAGCCGCAGAAGAACAAUAAUGUGUUGGCGAUUGGCCUUGAGGACGCAGUGUAUCUCUGGGAUGCUGCAAACGAGUCGACUAAGCUUCUACAACCCGUAGAAGACAGAGGAUCUAUCACUUGCAUCCACUGGUCGCCAGACUGUGCAGUUCUAGCUGUCGCAUUUGGCAAUUCAGAUUUAGCCCUGAUUGAUCCAGCAACAGGACAUGUCAUGGAUGGGAUGGAAGAUGAGAACCAGGCCCCUGUGUUGUCACUUGCAUGGAGAAGUAAUUCAAUCUUGACGGUCGGAAGAUUUGAUGGCACUGUUGUUGAUUAUGACUUUAGAAAGGAUGACAUGUUCAUCUGUUUCUAUAAUGGGCAUCGGCGUAGAGUUUGUAGUCUUAAAUGGUCCAUGUUGUCAGGGCGGUAUUUGGCGAGUGGAGGGCAGGACAAACUAGUGCACAUAUGGGAUGCCUGCAUGCUUGUCUCACGUGACCAUCCACGUCAACGUCAAUGGCUUCAUAGGAUCAGUAGCCACACUUCCAUUGUGAAGGCCGUUGACUGGUGCCCAACUCGGAGCAACUUGCUGGCUUCUGGUGGAGGUUGCAAUAAUAAUUGCGUUAAGUUUUGGAACACCGUUAAUGGUGCUUGCUUGAACUCGAUUGAUGUUGGCUCUGAAGUUUGUGCAUUGUUAUGGGACAAAAACAAAUCUGAAUUACUGACCUCCCAUGGUUCGCCGAACAAUCAACUCACCUUGUGGAAUUACCCAUCCAUGACGAGAGUGGUUGAGGUUUCCGGUCAUUCAUCCUGGGUUCUUUCCUUGGCUGGGAGUCCACUGGGAGGUGUAGUAGCUUCUGCAGCAGCAGAUGAGACAAUCAGAUCUGUUGUUGGUAACAUUACAAUGGGAAGUUUCGUGGUGUCAAAGAGGCACAUUUUCAUACAAGCGCAUGGAUUCGAGAUCUUCAAAUAUGAGCGCAACCGCCUAAGAUACAAGGAUAUUAAAGCAUCUUUGGAUUUGCUUUGA